AUGUGUCGCCACGGGCCCAUGCUGGUUGGCCAUGCGGGCACUGAGGCUCGAAUCACCCAGCCGUUCUGGGCCGUGCGCUAUCCACGGCGGCACUCUUCGUUUCACACCGUUCUUCGGCUGCCGAUCGUAACUUUGGGCCGGACGCCGGCCUGGACCCAGAGCGGAACCACGACUUCGCCAUCGUCGCGGACUUCGAUUCGGAGGCGGCGUACAAGAUUUACCAUCCCACCCCGCGCAUCAGAAGCUCAUCCAGGAGCUGAUCAAGCCCGUCCUGGCCCCCGGGGGGCGAGCCGCUGUGCAGUUCCAUCUCGGCACGGCCCCGCGCCUGGUGCGACGGCCGGGGCGCUCGAGGCACUGAAGCCGUUCAGGGCCAAGCUUGCUACGGGCCAGGCCGUGUUCGCGGACACCCUGGCGCUCGCUUCGGAGCACUUUGAGUAUACCCCCAGGCGUUUCUACAACGGCGGCACGGACAACGCCGCCGGCACCAACGAGGGGAGCUGCAAGGCGUUCUCCCUCGGGAGGCUCCUCGGCCUCGGCAAGGAGGAGAUGCUGCUGAGUUUCGGGGAGCACUACCGGCAAGUUUGCGGCGACCCUGACGGCGCCUCGCACGGGGCCCCGGACGUCCGCUCCUUCAUGCGGCACGGCUGGGACGGGGUGCACUUUCCGGACGGCCUCGGCCUGGCCUUCGCGGGCGAGGCUCGGGGGGGCGCCGCCUUUUUGCCAUCUUUGCCACGGGCGUGCCCCGCGAUGCCAGGCUGGGCCGGCCCCGGGGGGCCCGGGAUCGGCGCACGUGCCCCUCGGGACGAUCGACAUGGGUUCGGGAAGCAUGGGUACAGAGAUGGGCCCAUGUUCCACCGCCACGAGAACGAGAACGAGGGCGAGGACGAGGGCGAGGAGGACCUCUUCGUCGUGACUUCUCCCCCGUUCCACGUCUGGUAG